UCACUUGUUUUUGAGAUGUCAUUGAAUUAACUAGAAGGAGAAGUCUCCAUUGAACUUCCAAUAAUGGCACAUUCAAAAAUCCGCUUGUAGCUAUUUUGGAAUCGAUCAGCUUUCGGUUCGUGUUCGUAUUGUGAAGCGUGUGUUUGAAUUCUGGUGAUAGUUAUCCAAAAUCAGUGCAUUUAUUUUGUAAGAUAUAUUUUGUGUUACGAAACUGUUUAUUCCCAACGGCAGGAAAAUUUGUUUGCGGCUUUCACUCUGCGAGUAUAAUUAGUAUCGUAGAUCGUUCGACAAUAUGCGUCUGUUUCCGGUGCGGCUGUCUAACAUCAACAAGAUGUUGGACUUUUACUCUCAGUUUAACCCCUCGCCCUUGAGCAUCAAGCAAUUCAUUGAUUUCGGUCUUAAUGCCUGCCCCACAAAAUCGUUUAUUUUUCUUCGCAAGGAGCUGCCGGUACGACUGGCAAAUAUCAUGAAAGAGAUAACAUUGCUUCCAGAUAGUCUGCUACGGAUGCCUUCAGUGGGUUUGGUCAGUGCAUGGUAUGUGAAAAGUUUCGAAGAAAUGCUAGCGUUUGAGAAAACCGAUCCCUCUGAUGAUAACUUGGAAAAAUUCUGCAAGUCCUUGUCCAAGAUACGUGACCGGCAUUCGGACGUUGUACAGACUAUGGCCCAAGGAAUUCUCGAACUGAAGGAAAGUCGUAACGGUCAUAUUGAACCAUCCACUGAGCUUUCCAUGCAGUAUUUUCUGGAUCGGCUCUACAUGUCUCGUGUUAGCAUUCGUAUGCUAAUCAACCAGCACACAAUUCUUUUUGGCGAAAUACCUCAAUCGGGUAGACACGUGGGAUGUAUAGACCCUCUUUGCGAUCCGCACAUGGUUGUACGGGAUGCGUAUGAGAAUGCACGAUUUUUAUGCGACCAAUACUAUCUCGCUAGCCCUGAGUUGGAAGUGAUAGAACACAACGAUCUAGAAAAAGAUAAGCCUAUCAAAAUCGUGUACGUUCCAUCACAUCUGUACCACAUGCUUUUCGAGCUGUUUAAAAACGCGAUGCGAGCUGUAAUGGAGUAUCAUGGAGCCGAAGACGAGAUCCCUGCGAUCAAAGUGACGAUUGUGAAGGGUAAAGAAGACAUUUGUGUAAAAAUGUCAGACCGUGGCGGUGGUAUUCCAAGAUCCCAGGUUGAUCAACUAUUCAAGUACAUGUACAGCACUGCACCGCAACCUCCAAAGUCAAAAUCUGAUCUACCACUCGUUCCUUUAGCCGGUUAUGGCUAUGGUUUACCUAUUUCUCGUCUCUAUGCGCGUUACUUUCACGGAGACUUGGUUCUUUUUUCUUGUGAAGGCUACGGGUCAGAUGCAGUAAUAUAUCUGAAGGCCCUUUCUGACGAGGCAAACGAGCUGUUGCCAAUUUUCAAUAAAACAAGCUCUCGUUUCUACAAAGCAACUGUUCCGACUGGUGAUUGGUCCAAUCAGAACCAGAAAUACUAUUCUCCAACAAAAAUUUAGUUCAAGCAUUUGGUAUACAAAAGUGUCCUUAAAUUUGCUGGCUACUGUACUGUCAAUAAGCAAAUAAGUGUUAACAUGCUUCUGUUUGUGUACAAUUAGUGCGCUUAGACAUAAAUAAAUUCUUUUUGAAAAUUUGA